AUGGAAAUCGCUUUUGGUAGCGCCAGUCGGCAGAUGUUGUACUCGUGGGCGUCGUUACAUUUACACAGGCAGUUCUUUCUCAUGGCUCCCAAAUCUCACCGCAUCCGUCAACUUGCAGAUUCAACAAUGCAGGGCGCUGUUAAAAAACCUAGAUCAAUCGCAACGGAAUCAGCCCCAACAUCGUCAUCCAUGAAAGACUCUUUCUCAAGAUACGCUGAAUACCUCAAUCAAUUCAAUGACAAGAGGGAAAGGGUGGUGAAAGCAAGUCGCGACAUCACCAUUAACAGCAAAAAGGUGAUCUUUCAAGUGCACAGAAUCAGCAAAAACAACAAAGAUGAGGUGUUACAGAAAGCCGAAAAAGAUCUUUCAGCUGUGAAAGAUCAGUAUAUAGCUCGAUUAGUAAACGAAUUACAAGGAGCUGAUUUCUGGAAACUAAGACGCGCAUAUUCUCCUGGGGUUCAAGAAUAUGUCGAAGCUGCAACAUUAUGUAAAUUUUGCACUAGUGGCACUCUAUUGAAUCUUGAAGAAAUUAACUCCUUGUUGUUACCACUAAGUGACCCUUCUCUUGAACCCUUGCAAAUCAACAUCCUUGACUAUAUCUUGGGGCUGGCUGAUUUGACUGGGGAAUUGAUGAGGUUAGCAAUUGGGAGAAUAUCAGAUGGGGAAAUUGAAUAUGCUGAAAAGAUAUGUAGAUUUGUGCGUGAAAUCUAUAGAGAACUUACGCUUUUGGCUCCAAAAAUGGAUGAGAGUUGGGACAUGAAAAGUAAGAUGGAUGUGAUGCUUCAGAGUGUAAUGAAAAUAGAAAAUGCUUGUUUUAGUGUUCAUGUGAGAGGGUCGGAGUAUACAUCUCUAAGCGGAAUGGAAGAAGAUACGAGUUAUGCCUUAUUGGGAGUGUCUGAAUUUGAUUAAUUAAGUAGUUUUUAAUUUUUUAUGUUGUGUUUUGUGUUUAUGAAUAUUACAAUGUUUUACCUCAUGUUUUGUGAAACUUGCUUUUGGACAAUUGGUAUA